AUGUACACUGAAAUGCUUUCAAAUCGCUCUGAUGAGGAAUUAGCUUUUGCGUUCUAUCGCUACGACCCCAGCAUGGGCGGUGCUGUCCUUUUCAUCAUCCUUUUUAUGGGAACCACCUUUUAUCACAUCUUCCAGUUAUUCAAAACACGGACUUGGUUCUUUAUUCCAUUCGCAAUAGGAGGCCUUCUUGAGAUUGUUGGGUAUAUCGGACGUGCCGCGUCAAGCAAACAGAGUCCAGAUUGGACGCUAGGCCCAUACAUUGUGCAGACACUCUGUCUUCUCCUCGCCCCGGCUCUCUUAGCAGCAUCAAUUUACAUGCUCCUCGGACGAAUCAUCCUGGUGCUACAGGCCGAGUCGCAUGCGAUUUUGAAAAAGAAGUGGCUCACUAAAAUCUUUGUUACGGGCGAUGUGAUGUCGUUUUUACUACAAGGUGCUGGCGGCGGCAUUCAAAGUAGCGGAAGCCUUGACGGCAUGAAGACUGGAGAGCGCAUUAUCAUCGCUGGGCUUUUCGUCCAGAUAAUAUUCUUCGGCUUCUUCAUUGUUGUCACUGUUCUCUUUGAUCUGAAGUUGCGCAGGUAUCCUAUCCCACGGUGCGUCUCUGGGGAGAUUCCAUGGCGGAGAUAUCUCAACAUUCUCUACGUGACUAGCUUUUUGAUUCUCGUCCGCUCGGCCUUUCGAUUGGUAGAAUACAUACAGGGGAAUCAAGGGUUUCUUUUGCAUCAUGAGGUUUACUUAUAUGUCUUUGACUCGCUGCUUAUUUUCAUUGCCAUGGUUAUUUUCAAUGUCGCACAUCCCCAUGAAAUCACUCGACUCCUGGGGGUUAUUUCGGAUUACGAUUUGACUAGCAACCCCGAACAUUUGAAUGUCAAACCGUACGGUGUCUAG